UUCCGCUCUGGUUUGUUGAUGUCCGUGAGAGCAUGGUCAUGUUUCUUGUGCUCAAGUUAGGGUCCACAUUUGACUGAUUCGAGAAGGAAUAUCGUGCGCACAACUCUAUUGUCGCGGCAUGGAUGCAUGUGUGAGAAGAUACCUGACCGUAGAUAUAUCAGCUGUAAUUAUCAAUUGCCGGUGGUCAGAGUUCGCGUGGUUUGUUUGUCGUCGCAUAAUGUGCGCCCUUCCACCUUUACAGUAAGGACACAAGCGAUGUGCUGCCAUACAUGUCAAAUUGGUGUAAAAAAGUCUCAAAUAGUUCUAGUGAGGGUUUUCAGUCGACCAUCGUUCAUUGCCUAUCAUGACAAAUGGUGAACAGAUAUGCUAACGAAUGCAUGCGAAAGAUGUAGAUCAUGAUGGCCGAGGGGAGUAACAAUGUGCAAGACAGAGAAAAGGUUACUAAGAAGAAGAGCCGGAAGACACUUUCAAAGAAGGAUGCUCACAACUCACCAGAACAUAAGGUUGCAAAGCGAAGUCCUAAGAAGGCACGGAGUAGAAAAGAUAUCCACAGUCCAUCUGAUACGAUACGGCAAUCGCAACCACAGAAAUGUUUGCAACAAACACAUCGUUCCUCCUCUUGUUUGAAAGAAAGGAAUGUGGUGGCUCAGCCGGGCAACAAUCAACCUGGUUGGAAUUACUCGAUCAAGACACCUUCAAAGAUACAUCAGGUGACCAUGAGAGAGCCAAUUCAGGUGGACCUGUUAAAAGAUCGUCCGCAAGUACCAGAAAGAAAGAAGAAAUCCGAGGUUGAGAUUCCCAGAAGGAUACGUCUGCAAUCUUCCGUGACUUCAAGGAUAGGUCGAACCGCAGUGUCAAUGCAACCGAAGACGCGGAACAUCACUCAGCCAUUGCAGUCUAGGGAUGUCGGAACUCAAGCCACCAGCAGGACAACCUCGAAGGCUGAAGUUCCUAUCAUAGAGAUGGCCCAGAAAUCACGUUUGAGCACUUCACAUGUCCACCAGAAUGGACUUUCUGCAUUGGUGACGGAGCGUUCAUUUAAGAAAGGCAUUUUAAAAGUCGGUAAAAAAUCAGAUACAGGUGGCAACAACAAUGCGCAGCCCGCACAUUCAGAAGUAAUGAAUAACUUGAGGGAAGAGCAAAGUGGAUUUGCGACCACGGAAGUGAGUGAAUCCACCGAGCCGAGACUCAUCAUGCCAAAAAAGGUGGUUUUGUUUCAAGAUUGGAGGCUUGGAACACUGAAGGGUCCCGAUAGACCUGCGGGUGAUCACUGGCAAAAAGCUGAGAGUCACGAGGGCUCAUUACUCCAAGUUGAAAAUCAGAAGCAUCAGGAUCGCCGGUUUCCACAGAAAAAAGCAAUAAUGACGGAGCAAGGGAUGUCAGUCAGGCAUUUGGAAGGUCUUAUAGAUGGAGACCGUGCCAAGACCUCGCCACUAAGUUCAAAAGUUGGCUCUCAAUCUAUUGCCAACUAUCCCAUCUUUGAGGAAGUUGAAGAGAGUGCUAGGGGGUAUGCCAAUUUUCUCUACAGACCAGGAGCUGGGUGGUUGAACGUGGGCUCCGAAACCAUGUCUUCACGAAGCUCUGGGCCUUCUGAAAAAGGGAUUAAGCCUCAAAGCUGCGAAGCUAAUAAAAGUACAAGCGAGAUAGUUCUUGCUGUUUCCUCGGCCAACGCAAGAAGGCAAGAAAUGAGGAAAGCAUUAAUACAGCGUCUUGGGGGAGAAAUGCAACGAAAGAAAUUCCUGGAUUCGAAGAAUUGUGCAGACUCUAAACAUUCACAGUGUAGAUGCUGCUAGUAGGUGCUCAUGGAGCUUGAAGACUAUGUAUCAGGAUCAAGGGGUGACAAACGUGGCUGAUGCUCACAGCCACGAUGUUAACAAAGACUUCAAUGUUACACGGAAAUAAUCGGCUGUUGUUCCGGGACAUUAAACCUCGCAACAAGGAGUCGAACACAGUCGGCUCAAUACCUGUGUGUGAAGUCUGGAUUGGCUGUCAGUACAUUUUUUAAAGCUUUAUUUUAUGAUUUUUGGAAGAUGAAUUAGAGGGUUUUGAGGGUGAAACACCUUAAGGACUGUUGUGAUGAGUGUACGUUAGUAUCAUCCGGGAGAAUUAGUCGAUCAGCUGCGUCCAGAGCGCUCUUCAUUGUGUUAGCUAUUAGCAUUAGUAUCUCAAGAUAUGCGCACAGCUCAUAAGAGAUGAACUGGAGGUGAGUCAUCAACAGGUAUGUAAUUUAUAAUAAAGUAACUGAUUCAAAUUC